CCAUUUACGCUGUCCCGGCGGCGGUGGCGAAAGAGGAGGAGGAGGAACUCUGCACGUACUGGCCACGCUCCCGGCCCAGCAGAAGUCGAAGCUGCAGCCAGCUCCGGGCUGGGGCCAUGGGCGUCCUGCGCCGCCUGGGGAAUGAGGACGGAGGCAGAGGCAGCGGGGCAGCCUCUCGAGCCCGGGGACUUCGUGCAGCUGCCUGUCCCCGUCAUCCAGCAGCUCUACCACUGGGACUGUGGCCUGGCCUGCUCCAGGAUGGUGCUGCGGUACCUGGGCCAGCUGGACGAUGGAGAGUUUGAGAAUGCCCUGCAGGAUCUGCAGUUGACCAAGAGCAUCUGGACCAUCGACCUGGCCUACCUGAUGCGCCACUUUGGUGUGAGACACCGCUUCUGUACCCAGACCCUGGGUGUCGACAAGGGUUACAAGAACCAGUCCUUCUAUAGGAAGCACUUCGACACCGAGGAGACCCGGGUGAACCAGCUGUUCGCGCAGGCCGAGACCUACAACGUGCUGGUGGAGAAAUGCGCAGUUAGCGUGCAGGACAUUCAGGCGCACCUGGCGCAGGGCCACGUGGCCAUUGUGCUGGUGAACUCGGGGGUGCUGCACUGUGACCUGUGCCCCAGGCCCGUCAAGUACUGCUGCCUCACCCCCAGUGGCCACCGCUGCUUCUGCCGUACCCCCGACUACCAGGGCCACUUCAUCGUCCUGCGUGGUUACAACAGGGCCACCGGCUGCAUCUUCUACAACAACCCAGCCUACGCUGACCGAAUGUGCAGCACCAGCAUCAGUAACUUUGAGGAGGCCAGGACCAGCUACGGGACAGAUGAGGACAUCCUCUUCGUCUACCUGGACAGCUGACAGCCGGAGCCUAGGGUGUCUGGCCCUCAGGCCCCAGCCACUCAGGAUGCCCGGGCGCAAGGCAUGCAGAACUUUCGCCUCAGUCCAUUUGGCUAGCCCCAAGGAAGCCUAGGAAGCCUGCUUUGUCCACCAGUGUUGUGUGUCAAUCAUGCCGUUCACUCACAUCACACACAUGCUAGUUGCUGGGGCCACCACCUGAGCCUCUAGGGGGAUCCUCUCUCAAGACUCGAGUCCAACCCUGUCUGUGCCCAGAAGUGCUGCCUUCCAGCAAGACCCGAGGCAAGGGGAGGGGCUGGAGCCAGCCUCCCCACAGGCCUUGGAGCUGAGUCCUGGAGAGAAGUCGCUUGACCUGAUGCUGCUCAUCAAGACAGUAGUCCAAAACAGGCCCCUGGUGCUGGGCCACUCCACGCCUUGAUCUCUUGCAGUGUCACUGAGAAGACCCCACCACCACCACCACCGUCCCAUUGCAGGUGGCACCACUGUGCCCUCCUGCCUCCAGUGACUGGACGUUUCUGUGACUGGGUGUGAAGCCCUGUCACCACACAGCACAGGCACUCUGCCCUGAAGCUCCCUGGUCCCUGGGGCUCUAGGGUCAUCUCAGCCUUCCAGGUAUUCCAGCUCUGAGGAGGGCCUUUGGCAGUUGGCUGGUCCUCAGUUCAGACGGGCCCAGCAGAGAGAAUGCUUCCAGAAUAAAGAGCUGCCGAGGCCUCCCGACACCAGCCUCAAUCCCCAGAGCAGGAUCUGUCCUAAGUGUGGGAGCCCCAGUCUCUGGAGGAAGGGUGCUAGGGCCUGCCCUUUGGAAACUGGGCAGGGGACAGCCUGCAGCCUCUCACCCAGCCUGGUUUUCACCCCAGUACCUUCUGCACAGGGUACCAUGUCUUCUCAGUCUUGAACAGGAGCAAGGCCAGAGUCACACAAAGUAACAUUGACUUUUAUGUUCCUCUUGGUAUCAAGGGUGUUUGCAUCUCAGGGGAGACGAGACUAGAUCGCAGGUACUCUGUCUUUUGGGGGAGACAAGACCAGAUUGCAGGUACUCUGUCUUUCGGGGGAGACAAGAUCAGAUCGUAGGUACUCUGUGUCUUUCGGGGGAGACAAGACCAGAUCGUAGGUACGGUGUGUCUUUCGGGGGAGACAAGAUCGGAUCGCAGGUUCUCUGUCUUUCGGGGGAGACAAGACCAGAUCGCAGGUUCUCUGUCUUUUGGGGGAGACGAGACUAGAUCACAGGUUCUCUGUCUUUCGGGGGAGAGAAGACCAGAUCGUAGGUACUGUGUGUCUUUCGGGGGAGACAAGACCAGAUCACAGAUUCUCUGUGUCUUUCGGGGGAGGCAAGAGUAGAUUGCAGGUACUUUGGAACCACUGCCACCUCUUCGUAGGCAGGUAAGCCAGCCCGAAUUCUGUAUCACAGAGGGGACUUGCCUACCCAGCAGUCCUAUUGGCAGACACCUCUCACCCUGUAGGGGAAGAGGCUGGCCUCUGGGGACAGUUUGCCCAGGACAGUGAUGGAACUAAGUGUUGACUCAGAUAUGCACCAAAGUGACAAAGGAAAUGGUCAUUCCCGAAGUGGAGGAGGAACCCACUCAUGAGCUGCCUCUGGUAGGGAGGCAGGAAUACCCACAAUCCCUGUACUUCCAGGGCCGUGGUCUCCCAGUGCCUGAAGUGUGACGUGAUGGUGGCUUCCUCCCCUACCUGAGCACCGCAGCUGUGAGGGACAGAAGUGGGCUGUGUCUACAGGGGCUGUCAGACCCCCCCACCCACACUGCUCUUACAGCUCCUCAAUGCUAGAAGCCUGUUAGCCAGCAACCACCCCUGAUCUCAGAGACUGGUAUUGGCUUCGCACUGGUCUCAUUGACAAUGCCUUAAUGCUGGGUGGCCCGGGGUCCUAGAGAACGCCAGCCCAGGAGUGCCCCGCAGCAGUUCUGGGGCGUGGGUGUCCUCGGGAGUGGCCCAGGUAAACUCAGAACAGCUGCAGGGUGGCCGGACGCCAUGAGCCGCGGCACACUGCUGAGCAGCCGUCCUCGUCUCUCAGCCACCCAUUUAGAAAUACUCGGUCCCAGGACACCGACAGCUUCUCAGGGCAAGUCGAGGGUCAGAGGCCACCUGUCUGUAAGUGGCAAGAAGACUUCUCCUGAGGAGGGUCACAGAGGCAGGACACAAGUCUUGAAAUGGGCAGGACAAAGCCUUGACUUCAGGGACUGGCGCCGUGCACGCGGCUCCCAUCUGCGUCCAUCCUGUCCUCACGCUGCUGCCCGGUGCACACGUGGGUCGCACGGGACGGUAGGUGGUUGUGCCACUCCAGCCAUGGGGAUGAAAGGGAUCUUUUACAUAGCAGAGAUUUUGUACGUAAAUAUAUUUUGUUUGUAAUGAGCUGUUCUCAAUAAAUUCUCUCCAAGGUGACA